UCUUAAUUUCAUCCACCAUUAUUAACAAACCUCUCUCUUUCUCCCUAUUUUUUCCUCUCAUUUCCUUCUCUAUGGCUUCUGUCACACACACAACCAACACUAAUCAUCACCACAUCACAGUCUCACGAACCUUUCACCAAACAAAGUCCCACCCCUUUGGCCAGGUUUCACUCCCCAUCACAAAAACCGACUUGUCUCCCCUAAGCCACCCAAUUCUACCUUCCAAAAUUCCUGUUUCGAAAACAAGAGCAACACACACUCACUCUCUUUCAAAGCUUUGGAGAGAGGUCCACGGGUGCUACAACUGGGAAAAUCUUUUGGACCCCUUGCACCCUCUUCUCCGCCAAGAGAUCAUUCGCUAUGGCGAGUUCGUAACGGCUUCAUACAAAGCCUUCGAUCUGGACCCUAACUCCAAAAGAUACUUGAACUGCAAGUAUGGGAAGAAGAGAAUGUUUCAAGAGGUGGGAAUGGCGAGGUGUGGCUAUGAAGUCACCAAGUAUAUCUAUGCCACUCCAGACAUCAACCUGCCCACCAUGACAACAACAAAGACAAACUCCUCCUCUUCUGGUCGGUGGAUAGGGUACGUGGCUGUGUCUUCAGAUGAAGCCGUGAAGAGACUCGGAAGGAGAGACAUACUCAUAACGUUCCGCGGAACGGUUACCAAUCAGGAAUGGAUUUCCAACUUUAUGAGUUCCUUGACACCAGCCAUGCUUGAUCCCUACAACCCACGCCCUCAAGUGAAGGUGGAGUCAGGCUUUCUCUCUCUUUACACUUCAGAUGAGAGCUCUUCCAAGUUUGGACUCGAGAGUUGCAGGGAACAGCUUUUAUCUGAGGUCUCAAGGUUGAUGAAAAGGUACGAAGGCGAGAACCACAAUCUUAGCAUAUCCUUGGCUGGUCACAGCUUGGGAAGUGCUUUGGCCAUUUUACUUGCUUAUGACCUAGCCGAGCUUGGUUUGAACAAAAUAAGUAACCUAAAAAGUGUUGAUGCUAACAGUGAGGUUCCAGUUACAGUGUUUUCCUUUGGAGGACCAAGAGUUGGUAACUCCGAAUUCAAACACCGGUGUGAUGAGUUGGGAGUGAAAGUGCUGAGAAUAGCCAACGUUAACGACCCCAUCACGAAGCUACCGGGUGUUGUGUUCAACGAGAAUUUUAGGGUUUUGUUGGGAGGAAAGUACGAGUUUCCGCGGAGUUGCUCGUGUUAUGCUCAUGUGGGAGUUGAACUAAUGCUUAAUUUCUUCAACGUGCAAAACCCUUCAUGCGUUCAUGACUUGGAUAGCUAUAUUGGCCUUCUUAGGCGUCCCAAGAAAGAUGAUCAAGUGCUGAAAAGGGAAGUAGGAGUGAACUCUUUGUUGGAGAAGGGGAGACAAUUGCUCUUGAACUAUCAAAGCAUGAAAAUUUUACCAGGAGUAUUAACUGAAUGCAACUACCAUGAUUUGCUGAAUUCACUUUCCAGGGACAUAUUAUGUUCUUGGAGCGAUGAACUUCUUUUUGGCCUAGUUCUUUUGUUGUUGUAGAAACUAGUUUGAUAUAUAUAUAUAUAUGGAUAAUUGUAGAACUAGCUAGAAGGGAAUUAAAAUCAGCUAUAGCUAGAAAUUGUAAAAUAUGAUGAAGACGUACUACUGAGGUCUAUGUAUGUACGUAUAUAUGUAAAUCCUUGUAAAUUGAUUGAGCUUGCAAAUCAAUGUUUAUAACUUGCAACGUAUAAUAUUAAUGUAUGCAGCUUUAAUAUAUAUGUUUUAAUUACACUGAAUUUUAAUUAAUUAACCUCAGUUCUAUGCAGUUAACUCAUUUUUUCAUAUCACAUGGAGCGAGGAGAACAGCAUGUGUGAACUGAAGGAUAAAGUUUUUAAGCUUAAAUUUUCUCGUCAACUAGGAGGUUAAACAAGAAAUUAAGAGAGAAGGAAAUUAACCGUGAUCUCCUUCCCCAAUUAUCCUCUUUCUCUCUGUUAAAGGGACGAUAUUAGACGCCAAAUACUUCAAUUCACCACAAGAUCAUCCUUCGCUAGAGAAUAUAGGAAUUGUCUGAGUGACCCGUUCAAAGCAGUAAUUUUACAGUUCUUUUAAGUUCUGAGACAUGUAUUAGUUGCCAGUAUUUUCGUUAUUUUCUUUUUGUUUCAUAUGCAUUUGUUCUUAAUUAUUUCACGUAACUUUUCGUUUCUCUUUCAAUUUACUACAUUUGAUUUUUCUUGAAGAAAUU